AUGGCUGCCGAAGAACGGGCUCGCAAGCGCAUCGACCUGAAGAAGUUCUGCCGCCAGUACAUGCACCGAAACAGCAAGGAGUGCGAAAGGGGUACCAGGUGCCCAUUCGAGCACAAGAGCUACUGCCGCGAGUAUGCCCUAACUGGCCGAUGCAGCAUGGGCGAGCGGAAGAGCGGCGGUAAGUGCGAUUUUGUGCAUGUCGAUGUUUGCGACUAUUGGCAGACCUGGCGGGAGUGUCCCUUCAAUCCGGUGUGCAAGUAUCUGCACACUGGCCGACGCGGCCCACGCCCAGCACCCCCAGCAGUGCAGCUGGUGCCCCGAGCCCGGGAGCAGGUGCAGUUGGUGCCACGUGCUCAGGAGCCCGUGGAGCAACUCGUUGAGCUUCCGGCCGCCGAGCUCGAAGCGGAGCUGGAGCCCGAGGACAGCCAGCUCACUGCCGGCGCAGCCGCGAGGUUUGGUUACCUGGACUGGGGUAACUCGGAUGUGGAGGCUGACACAGAUGGGGAGCACUCCGAGGACCAGCAAGAGGUGGCGACCCUGCCAGCCCUGCGCGAGCCUGCCGCGGCCAAGAGGCGUGCAGCCCCCAAGCGGGCUGCCGCUCGCGUGCCAGUCGAGCACCCCUCGGACUACAACCCUCCUGCCCCAGUCCACAGGACACUGGUUGGAAGGAACGCGCAGAAGCGCAAGAUGAGGGGACCGCUUGACACGCAUGUCAGGCACCGGUGGGCCGUUACAUGUCGACGGUGCAACAGGCUGAUCAUGACAGUCUCCAAUGUCCGACACGUCGUGGGGCCAGACUUCCUGUACCGCGUCCUGCGUGGCUUCUGGGAGAAGCAGGCCGAUGGCAAGAAGCUCUUCGGCAGGUUUUCUCCGGAGGGUGAGCGCCCCGCCAAGCAGAAGAGCUGCCAGAAGCGCUUGCCGGACAAGGAGUUCUGGGACGUGUCCCGUGCGGCCGACCGCAAGCUGGAGCGCAGGACGCUGAAGGGCCAGCUCCUCAAGGUGCAGUUCCAGUUCCACCAGGGCGCCGAGUGUGCCCCGCACGCGCCGGAGAUGCCCUUCGAGCGACAGUGUGGCCUCAAGCGCAUUCUCCACGGCUUUGGGGACGACUGCGAGGAGGACCCGUCUGACGACGAUCCCGAUGAUGGCGUGCCCGCCCCGGAUGCUCUUGCUGAAGGCGACUACGUGGCUGCCGCAGCGGGUGUUGGAGCACUGGACUCCGACGAUGAGCCGUUGAAUGAGUGGCUGAUGCGAGCGGAGAAUCGUGCCUCAGACGAUGAGCCGUUGAAUGAGUGGCUGAUGCGAGCGGCCAAUCGUGCCUCAGGAUCGUAG